UAUGUUUCUGAUAUAUAUACCAUUUAGUAUGUGCUUUUUGUUUGUUUGUUUUUAAAUUUUGACUCAGCAAUCAUUUUUAAUGAAAUUUCAUAUAAUUUUUUCCGCUACAAACUUAUUGUAAAAUGGAAUUUUAGAGAAUAGAAGGGGAAAAUAUGAUCAACCUUUCAGUCGACUAUAGACAUUGAAUUGUGAAACAUUUAACGCAGUGACAAGUGUGAAUAUUUUUAAAGAUGAGUGAUUUUUAUGGAACGAAGUUAUCCGUUGAAUCAAUUAAAGUGAUUGCCGAAAGUAUUGGUUUGAAUUCAUUGGGCGAUGAUGCAGCCAAAGAGCUGGCCGACGAUGUUUCAUCUAAAUUAAAGCAAAUUGUUCAAGACGGUACAAAAUUUAUGCAUCAUGCCAAACGAAUGAAAUUAUCCAUUUCUGAUAUUGACCAUUCGCUGAAAGUACGAAACAUUCAGCCUCAAUACGGUUUUGUCACACGUGACUUUAUACCAUUUCGAUUUGCUUCCGGUGGCGGUCGUGAAUUACAUUUCAACGAAGACAAAGAAUUAGACUUGACCCAUCUUGCUCAAGCAAAUCCACCAAAAUUACCAUUGGAUGUUUCACUUCGAGCACAUUGGCUUUGUGUAAAUGGAAUUCAGCCGGCUAUUCCUGAAAAUCCACCACCGAUAUCACAAAUUGAACAAUUGGUGGAUUCAACAGAUCCAGCUAAAAAACUUGACACUAUAGCAGAGAAAGAUGUGGCCGGCAAGCCAACGACAAAAUUCAAAAAUUCGGAAACCGUUUAUGUCAAACAAAUUGCAACGCAUGAACUGUCGGUGGAACAACAGCUGUACUACAAGGAGAUAACCGAAGCAUGUGUUGGUGCAGAAGAACCACGUCGCGUAGAAGCGCUACAUUCAUUAGCAAAUGAUCCCGGUUUACAUGAAAUGCUUCCAAGAAUGUGUACAUUCAUUGCUGAGGGUGUAAAGGUGAAUGUAGUGCAAAAGGAAUUUACAUUGUUGAUUUAUCUUAUGCGAAUGGUCAAGGCGCUUCUGGAAAAUCCAUCUUUACUUUUGGAAAAGUAUCUACAUGAAUUAGUACCCUCGGUGACCACCUGCAUUGUAUCACGUGAUCUGUCAACAGACAAUCAACAGCACUGGGUGCUUCGGAACUUUGCAGCCCAACUGAUGGCGCUGAUUUUGAAAAAUUUUAACACAUCUACAAAUAACUUACAAACACGUAUGACAAGACUAUUCAGUAAUGCUUUACGAAAUGACAAAAUAUCUCUGUCAUCAUUGUACGGAUCGAUAGCUGGUUUGGCUGAGCUUGGAAGUGAAGUGGUUAAAAUAUUUAUCGUGCCGCGUUUGAAAUUCAUUUCGGAUCGAAUCGAACCAUACCUGAGUGCAACAGUAUCAAACAAUGCUGACAAGACAGUUGCUGGCCAUAUCAGAGCGUUACUACAGAAAUCAUGUGUUCCAGUCAUAAGAACAAUCAGAGAUCCACCAGAUAUUCUUGAGGAAUAUAUUCACGUCUAUGGCUUCCUUGGAAAUACACUACUUCCAGCUGUAAUCAAAGCUCGGAAUGGCCCACCGCCAAUUCCAAAAUAGAUUUAAGGUAUAAAUAGUCCAGAGUUUAUUUAUUCUCUGGAAUUUAUUUGAAAACACCAUUUGAUUUAUUGUAUGAACGAUUAAAAAAUAAAUAAAAACCAAGCUGAAAUGGCUCAUUUUUUGAACUGUAA